GUUCUGUUGCCGAAGUACCGAUUUUAAGUCUGUUGAAAACGUGUUUGAAACGAGUAUUCAAUAAAUGUUAAAUCGAUUGGUAAAAUGUGAAUAAAAAGGCAAGAAAUGCCUGUCGUGUUACCAGUGUUGCUGUUGUUAUUAGAACUGGCAGGAAGUGGAAUCGCGUUGAAGUUUGAAGAACUGCCACAUUUGAUGAAUGAACCAGAACUCAAUUUUUACUUUGGCAGUGAACACCGUCAAGAACUUCCACAGUUUGAGUUAUUCUCACCCCGUAGUGAACCAGCGCAGAACACCGGCGGUCCUCACUAUGACCUCGUAUUAAGAGUCCCAUUCCAGGACUCUACAGUGAAACUGAACUUGCAAACACGAACAAACUUGGUCACGACGAAAACGAAAUUCGUUACGCGUAGUGCAAAUGGUAGUUCAGAAGAAUACGUCCACCAGUCGACAAACGAUUGUCACUAUCUGCACGUGGAUCACGAAUCAACUGCAGCUGUUACAAGUUGUGAUCUGCGAAAUUAUCAUGGUAUUGUCUUCCUACCGAACCAGACCCUGGAAAUACAACCGUUGAACGACCGGCUGCGAAAUCUGAUCCCAUUCUAUGGACACUUUUUGGUGGAAUCGCAAAAUCUGCACUUGAUCAAAAAAACUUCUUUCGAAGAUGUAAUUUUCGAAGAUGAUUUACUACAUCGUAAAAAUCUUAUCACACCCACCAAGGGCUCGGAUAUUCAUCUGCUGGGAGACACAUUGGACCAGAACAAUUACACCCUCGAUGGUUUGGAGGAAUUGUACGAGUCUCAGGGUCCGGGCAGUGAAUCUCGACAGCGUCGAUUAACGAUCGAGCUAGGGUUGUUCUUCGAUGAAGCCGCCUAUCGGAUCUUCGCUCCCCACUUUGACGGGGACGACAUGAGGCUGAAGGAUUUCAUUCUCGCAUACGUCAAUGCUAUUCAAGCUCUCUAUCACCAUCCCUCACUGGGAACUCCGGUUGAUAUCACAGUGGUCUACUUGGAAAUAAUGAAGGGACAGCCGAAAGAGAUGCCCCAUUUCAAUGGCGAAAGAGAAUCGUUACUUGAUUCGUUCUGCUUGUACCAGAACAACCUCAAUCGAGGUGAUGACAACGACCCGAAUCAUUGGGAUUUGGGACUGUACGUUUCUGGGUUGGAUUUUUAUGCGAUUGAGAAUGGUCGUCGAAACGGAGUCACGAUGGGUUUAGCCACCGUCGGAGGAAUUUGCAUAGGAGAGUAUUCCUGUGUCAUUGCGGAAUUCGGAACAACCAGCAUUUUUGGGAAACCAUAUCCUUCGGCUGGUUUCACUUCGGUCUACGUAUCCGCGCAUGAAAUUGGACAUAGUUUAGGUAUGCAUCAUGACUCAUCGGGAAACAGCUGUGCCAAGGACGGAUACGUAAUGUCACCAUCGAGGGGAACUCAGGGUGAAACAACGUGGUCUAGUUGUAGUGCGGCUAUAAUCAGGGAAUUGACAUGGGCCGACUGUCUCUUCGAUUCGCCUUUGAAAAUCAAGAAAGAGUUAGAUGCUUGGAAGUAUCGUGGCUAUCCCGGGCAGGUGUUUACAGCUAAAAAACAGUGCGAAGUAUUGUUAAUUGACAAAGAUGCGAUCGCCUUCACUCAACCAGGUUUGGAUCGAAUUUGUCAAAAUCUGCAAUGCCGGACGCCACACCGCACUGGCUUUUAUUUUGCCGGACCGGCUCUGGAUGGGACUGACUGUGGUGAAAGUAAGUGGUGUAUCGGCGGUGCUUGUGUCAAACAGAAGAAAAAACCCUCAAACGUGAUAAAGGGAGGUUGGAGUGAGUGGGACAUUGGAGAUUGCAACUCGGGCUGUUUGGAACAUUCGAAAGGAUUUCAGCAAAAAUCGAGACGUUGUGACAAUCCCAAACCCGUCAACACGGAUGCCGGUUGUGAAGGAAGUGCUUACGAUGUCACGGUUUGUAACGACGAGAAACUCUGUUCGAUAAACCGACAACCUAUUGGAUUCUAUGCCAGCGCGAGAUGUAGAGAGUUUAGUAAACUUUUGAGUAGGCUUGAUCGUAAGGGUUUGGGGAUACAGGGUCCCUACGAUGGACAUAGACUUUGGAUGAGCUGCGCCGUUUACUGCAAGCGAGCUGAUAGCGAUGCUUACUACGCACCUCGCUUUGACUUGAAUGACUUGGGUAUCGAUUCUUAUUUUCCCGAUGGAACUUUGUGUUAUUCCGAAGGCACGACGAAUUACUACUGCCAACAGCAUCACUGCUUACCGGAGAAUUUCAAAACCUCCAAGAUUUCAAUAUGGGCACUCACAGAGGACAUCCCCAUCUCGGGCAACGCUCUUCCAAUACGUACACGCUAUUUAGAUAACGAGCUCUUCAACUAUCUCUCGAUAGACCGCCACGGUAAACCUUUUAUCAAACAGUGGAAUUAUCAUCCGGUUUCACACGAGGACGACGGUGAGUGGCCAGAUAUUGACUACCGAGAACUCCCGGAAGACGUGAAGCGAGCAACUCAUCGUUUAUGACAGUUUCGUUGAGACAUAUGAGAAUCUGCAUGGCGAUUUUUUCCAGAUGUUACUGUUUGAAAAUAAACAAUGAUGGUUUAUCUACAUCCUCCCGGAUGUGCUAAGUGAUGUUCAUUUAAUCUACGAAUUAUAUGUUUCUUA